UUAGAGAAGGAGAAGCGCGUUCUUGCGUCCUAGUCUCAGUACAGCGUGGAGGGCUUAGGGAACAUGUUCUAAUUCUCUGCGGGACGACUAGCGCGUUUGUGCUUUGCCCGCCGCGGCUUAGGGGACUUUUUGGGGCCGCGUAGUCGGUGUUUUUGAACUGAGUCCACAGCUCGUGGUGGGCCGUGCGGCGCCCUGACCCGGCCUCACCAUGUUGGUGCUGUUUGAAACGUCUGUGGGCUACGCCAUCUUUAAGGUUCUAAAUGAGAAGAAACUUCAAGAGGUUGAUAGUUUAUGGAAAGAAUUUGAAACUCCAGAGAAAGCAAACAAAAUAGUAAAGCUAAAACAUUUUGAGAAAUUUCAGGAUACAGCAGAAGCAUUAGCAGGGCUGAUUUUCCCCAUGUGUGAGGAGAGGUGAGAAGUGGUUAAGUUGAUCUCCCUAUGGAAACCAGCAACAUAAUGCUGAAGCACAAUUCAGUAAAAGGUGUUCUACAAGGGACCAAGCAUUCACAGCUCUGAUGGAGGGCAAAAUCAAUAAGCAGCUGAAGAAAGUUCUGAAGAAAAUAGUAAAAGAAGCCCACGAACCGCUGGCAGUAGCUGAUGCUAAACUAGGAGGGGUCAUAAAGGAAAAGCUGAAUCUCAGUUGUAUCCAUAGUCCUGUUGUUAAUGAACUUAUGAGAGGAAUUCGUUCACAAAUGGAUGGAUUAAUCCCUGGAGUAGAACCACGUGAAAUGGCAGCUAUGUGUCUUGGAUUGGCUCACAGCCUGUCUCGAUAUAGAUUGAAAUUUAGCGCUGAUAAAGUAGACACAAUGAUUGUUCAGGCAAUUUCUUUGUUAGAUGACUUGGACAAAGAACUAAACAACUACAUUAUGCGAUGUAGAGAAUGGUACGGCUGGCAUUUCCCUGAAUUAGGAAAAAUUAUUUCAGAUAAUUUGACAUACUGCAAGUGUUUACAGAAAGUUGGCGAUAGGAAGAACUAUGCCUCUGCCAAACUUUCUGAGUUGCUGCCGGAAGAAGUUGAAGCAGAAGUGAAAGCAGCUGCAGAGAUAUCAAUGGGAACAGAGGUUUCAGAAGAAGAUAUUUGCAAUAUUCUGCAUCUUUGCACCCAGGUGAUUGAAAUCUCUGAAUAUCGAACCCAGCUCUAUGAAUAUCUGCAAAAUCGAAUGAUGGCCAUUGCACCCAAUGUUACAGUCAUGGUUGGGGAAUUAGUUGGAGCACGGCUUAUUGCUCAUGCAGGUUCUCUUUUGAAUUUGGCCAAGCAUGCAGCUUCUACCGUUCAGAUUCUUGGAGCAGAAAAGGCACUCUUCAGAGCCCUCAAAUCUAGACGGGAUACCCCUAAGUACGGUCUCAUUUAUCAUGCUUCACUCGUAGGCCAGACAAGUCCCAAACACAAAGGAAAGAUUUCUCGAAUGCUGGCAGCGAAAACUGUUUUGGCUAUCCGUUAUGAUGCUUUUGGUGAGGAUUCAAGUUCUGCAAUGGGAGUUGAGAACAGAGCCAAAUUAGAGGCCAGGUUGAGAACUUUGGAAGAUAGAGGGAUAAGAAAAAUAAGUGGAACAGGAAAGGCAUUAGCAAAAACAGAAAAAUAUGAACACAAAAGUGAAGUGAAGACGUACGAUCCUUCUGGUGACUCCACACUUCCAACCUGUUCUAAAAAACGCAAAAUAGAACAGGUAGAUAGAGAGGAUGAAAUUACUGAAAAGAAAGCAAAAAAAGCCAAGAUUAAAGUUAAAGUUGAAGAAGAGGAAGAAGAAGAAAAAGUGGCAGAAGAAGAAGAAACAUCUGUGAAGAAGAAGAAGAAAAAGGGUAAAAAGAAACACAUUAAGGAAGAACCACUUUCUGAGGAAGAACCAUGUACCAGCACAGCAAUUGCUAGUCCAGAGAAAAAGAAGAAAAAGAAAAAAAAAAGAGAUAACGAGGAUUAACAGAAAGGAAUUACAAGUGUAUCACCUGGGCACAUCAUGCUUAAGAUCCAACUGGGAGCAUACCAGCGAUGCUGUCUAACAUAACCAAGGGAGGGUUCAGUAAAACAAAGUGAUUUAUCAUCUAUAACUUCAAACCUAUUUGUGUCUUGACAUUAACUCUGUUAACCUUAUGUCAUUUCUUAGAGUCUUUGAUAUACAAAUAAAAUUUUCUUUGUAUUUUAAGACAAUUUUGUGAUCUCUUUACAUCUUGAGUAGAGAAUCUUUGGCUCUUUCUAUAGUUUGCCAUGUGAUGAUUAUUGUUUUGAUAAUUAUAACUGAAAAGUGAGAGUUUUUUUGAAAUUUGACCUUUUGGAAGGCAGUGACUAAGUGGACCAAUUCAAUAACCCUACUCUAAUGUGUUUCUUUUGCCUUUUUGGACUACUUUUUAUUUUCCACCUAUUGUCUUUCUACCUCUCUUUAUUUAAAUAUUGUUUCUUGUUCAAAUUUUAAAAUUAGGUGAGCAAAACAUUUUAGUAUCUGUUCAGAAGGGUGGGAGACAGUAUCCCUACCUUUAUUGUUUGCAAUUCUAAAAGGCACACCAAAAUAAUUCUUAAUACCCUGAUUUAUUUUUAAAGUAGUCAACCUGAAGUGACUUUUUUAAAGGUUGUACAAAGUGAUCAUAAAGAAUGGAGAAUAGAGAAAAAAAAAAUAAGAAAAAAAAAAGUGCCAGUGGGAAUGAGGUACAAAAAAGUAGGACAGUAGAAUGCCAAAGAGAAAUCUUUAUUUCUGAGUGGUAGUGUUUAAUAUGCAAACAGAAGCCUGGUAGACCUUAUAGUCAUGAGAGUCAUGAGUUUUAUAGCACUGUUACGUAUUGCCAGUUUGUGUAUGUCAUAGGCAUCUUGCUGAAGCCCAAUUCAGUAAACGCUGUUGGUGGGUGGAAACUAGAAUGACUAUGGCUUUUGAGUUCCGCCUUUGCUUUUCAAGUCAACAGCCCCUCUUUGGUUUUCUCAUUUCUAAAUCACAGAUAAUGGUCAAUUUUAUCUCUCCCAACUGGUUUGUAGAAAAUGAAAUGAUAUAAACUUUCAGAGAUGUUACUAGGCUUCAAAUUUAAUUUGCUUGAAAUAAAUGUUGAUAAAAUA